GUUCCUUGGGCAGGGCACCAGGAAUAUUGUCUUAGUUUGGGUUCUCCCAAAGAAGAGCUUGAACUAAGGGCUUGGGUACAGGUAAUCCUGUACUUGGGAGGCUAACUCAGGAAGUGAGGGCAUAGGGUAAGACAAGAGAGAGGAAAGCCAUUAAGAGUGUGUGAAGUCCCUUCAUUAGGCCUUGGGAACCUCUGAGAAAAGUACAGAUUGCCCAAGACAAAAAGACUGGCAGGGUGAUCAGUCCAAAGCAUUUAUUAGGAGAACUUAAUGAGUGGGCUGCAGCAUAUCCUCACAACAGACAGUGAAAGAAAGAGUUGUUCUACCAAAGUAUGUUCAAAACAAGGGGGUCAGGGUAUGGAGUUUAUGAGGGUUCAAGGACUUUGGCUCAGUGCCAGGGCCAGUUUCUUUCGGUGUUUUGGGCAACAACCUGAAUACCUUUUCAGUGCCUGGUAAUGUUCAAGGCUCUGGCUUGGGCUCAGGCCUCCAGGGGAAAUGCAGCUGGCCAGGUGACAGAGCCAUCAAGUUACUCUGUGUUUCUUUGUCAGGACACAGAAAAAUAGUGGGGAAGCUGGGGACCCUACAAGGAUCCUGGGCAGGAAAGCAGGGAUUGUGUUCAUUUGAGGGUUCCACUGUCAGUGAGAGUCUCAGCUUCCAUGCAACUGUCCAUCACAGCUGCAACUGAAAUCAGAGCUAGGACACAGUGUACCAAAAGCUAAAGUCUUGAUCCUGUCAAAGGACAUCCCUGUCCCAUUCACAUCUCCUUCAUGUCCAUUAAUUGGCAAAAGGGGAAAACUGAGAGAGAUGACUUAAGUGUGGCCGAAGCAGGCAGUUCUGGAAAAUGAAGCCAGAGCAAUGGGCCAGCCUGUCCCUUGACCAAGGAGGAAGGAGCAGGUAAGUAGGAAGGCCAGCGUCCCAGACAGGACCCUAAUGAUCCUGAACCCAUGGAUCAGGAUCCAUCCUCUCCUCACACCCUUCCUGGACACAGUUUCACCUCUCAUUUUCCAAAGCCCUGCCAUGCUGCCAUCCCGCUUCCCCACACUCCGCAGGGGUUCCCUUUUCCUAAUGCUGCAGCUUACGGCUUCUCCAGUAGGUGGCAGCAUACACCGAGCCGCUCACAAAACGCAGCUUCUCAGAGCCUGAGAGCCAGAAACUGUCCCUAGAAAUUCCCUCCAUAGAAAUACAGAAACACCAGAGGUCACAUUUCAUCCUUUUACAUGGUUCCCAUCUACCCUCACAACACAUGCCAUCACCAAAGACAUACAAACAAGCUCCGGUGGCUUUUGCCGGGCAAUUCUUCCUCCAGGACCACAUCUGGCCCCUCCUUCAUCCCUCCCCUUGGACUUUGCCCUUCUUACUGGUCAGGCAGGGGGGCCAGAGUCCAGGCUUGACUCAUUCCCACCUCAUCCUGGGCUGAGAUCUCAGGUUUGUAACAGAAAACACCACUGAAGCCCCAGCAUAGCAGAGAACCACUCAGCCCAGAAGUUCCAGGGAAGAAGGAACUCUCCCAUCCACCAUGGAGUAUCUCUCAGCUCUGAACCCCAGUGACCUGCUCAGGUCAGUAUCUAGUAUAAGCUCAGAGUUUGGACGGAGGGUCUGGACCUCAGCUCUGCCACCCCAGCGACCUUUCCGUGUCUGUGAUCACAAGCGGACCAUACGGAAAGGCCUGACAGCUGCCACCCAUCAGGAACUGCUAGCCAAAGCAUUGGAGACCCUACUGCUGAAUGGAGUGCUAACCCUGGUGCUAGAGGAGGAUGGAACUGUAGUGGACAGUGAGGACUUCUUCCAGCUGCUGGAGGAUGACACGUGCCUGAUGGUGCUGGAGUCUGGUCAGAGCUGGAGUCCCAUCAGGAGUGGAGUGCUGUCAUAUGGCCUGGGCCGGGAGAGGCCCAAGCACAGCAAGGACAUCGCCCGCAUCACCUUUGACGUAUACAAGCAAAACCCUCGAGACCUCUUUGGCAGCCUGAACGUCAAAGCCACAUUCUACGGGCUCUACUCUAUGAGCUGUGACUUUCAAGGACUUGGCCCAAAGAAAGUACUCAGGGAGCUCCUUCGUUGGACCUCCACACUGCUGCAAGGCCUGGGCCAUAUGUUGCUGGGAAUUUCCUCCACCCUUCGCCAUGUAGUAGAAGGGGCUGAGAAGUGGCAGCAGAAGGGCCGCCUCCAUUCCUACUAAGAAGGGCCUCUAAGCUUCUGUCCCCAGACCCAUUCCAAGAGACACACUGCAAACACUGUGACAGCAUCAAGUUUCAGGACCUGAAGACAGUACAGGCUAGAUAACUUACCCAAUUUCCCCACUGUCUUCUGACCCCCUUGUGACAGAACCUUUCAGCAUAAUGCCUCACAUCCCAAGUCUAUACCCUUACCUGAAGAAUGCUGUCCCUUCCUAGCCACCUUUCUGCCUCCCACUUGCCCUGAAAGGUCACAAACCUAUCCCCAGGCAUCUUGAUCUGAGCUUUACAUCUAAUCUGAGCUUUACACCAAAGCCUCCUGUCCUUAAACUCCCCAGCAUACUCAUGACAGCCCUCUCUGACUUUACCCUGAGAUGUCUUCAUACCCUUCCCCCAAAAAUAACAAAAACAUUUCAAAUAAAAAUAUAAAAUAUUUACUACUAA